AUGUCAUUCUCAGUAUAAAUGGGGACUGGAAACUACACAACUGUAACAGAGUUCAUUAUUUUGGGGUUAGCAGAGGAUACUACAGUUCGUGCCAUUUUAUUUAUUGUGUUUCUAGGAAUCCACGUGGUCACCUUAAUGGGCAAUGUCAGCAUAAUCAUGUUAAUCAGAAGCAGCCCUCAGCUUCAUACCCCAAAGUACUUUUUCCUCUGCCAUUUGGCCUUUGUAGACAUUGGAUACUCCUCAUCAUUCAUACCUGUCAUGCUCAUGGGCUUCCUCAGGGAAGGAACCUCUAUCCGUGUUGCUGGUUGUGUCGCUCAGCUCUGUUCUGCAGUCACAUUUGGGACGACUGAGUGCUUCUUGCUGGCUGCCAUGGCCUAUGACUGCCAUGUGGCCAUCUGCUUGCCCCUGCUCUACUCCACCCACAUGUCCCCCAGAGUUUGCAUUCUCUUAGUGGGGGCUUCCUAUUAAGGUGGGUGUGUGAAUGCUUGGACAUUUACUGGCUGUUUGUUAAGCCUGUCCUUCUGUGGACCAAAUAAAGUCAAUCACUUUUUCUGUGAUUAUUCACCACUUCUGAAGCUUUCUUCUUCUCAUGAUUUUACUUCUGAAAUAAUUCCAGAUUCUUCUGGCUCCAUCAUUGUAGUUACUGUGUUUAUCAUCGCUUUCUCUUACAUCUGCAUCCUUUUCUCAAUCCUGAAGAUGUGCUCUACUGAGGGGCAGCAUAAAGCCUUCUCCACUUGCACCUCCCACCUCACAGCAGUCACUCUGUUCUGUGGGACCAUUACCUUCAUUUAUGUGAUGCCCAAGUCCAGCUACUCAGCUGAACAAAACAAAGUGGUGUCUGAUCCCCUGUUGAACCCCCUCAUGUACAGUCUCAGGAACAAGGAGGUUAAAGAGACCAUGAGAAAAUGA